AUGGCGGGCCCUGAGGGUUUCCAGUACCGCGCUCUGUACCCGUUCCGCCGGGAGCGGCCAGAGGACCUGGAGCUGCUGCCUGGCGAUGUGCUGGUAGUGAGCCGGGCGGCCUUGCAGGCACUGGGUGUGGCCGAGGGUGGCGAGCGCUGCCCACAGAACGUGGGCUGGAUGCCCGGCCUCAACGAGCGCACACGGCAGCGAGGUGACUUCCCUGGCACCUACGUCGAGUUCCUGGGGCCCGUGGCCCUGGCCCGGCCUGGCCCUCGCCCACGGGGCCCCCGCCCACUGCCCGCCAGGCCCCGUGAUGGGGCCCCUGAGCCAGGUGAGCAGCAAUCAGGGGCACUGGAGAAGAGGGGCCUCACACUCCCCGACCUGCCUGAGCAGUUCUCCCCACCCGAUGUGGCGCCCCCUCUUCUGGUGAAGCUUGUGGAGGCCAUUGAAAGGACAGGGCUGGACAGCGAAUCUCACUACCGGCCGGAGCUGCCCACACCGCGUACAGACUGGACCCUGAGCGACGUGGACCAGUGGGACACGACCGCCUUGGCUGACGGCAUUAAGAGCUUCCUUCUGGCACUGCCCGCACCGCUCGUGACCCCCGAGGCCUCGGCUGAGGCGCGCAGAGCCCUGCGGGGUGAGCCUGGCGAUGAGCCCAGGGGAAGGAGGGACCUGAGUGAGCCCAGUCCUGACUUCCCGGCACUGCUGGUGGAGAAGCUGCUUCAGGAACACUUGGAAGAGCAGGAGGUUGCGCCCCCAGCGCUGCCGCCUAAACCCCCCAAGGCAAAGCUGGCCCCUGCAGGCCUGGCGAAUGGAGGGAGUCCACCCUCCCUGCAGGAUGCCGAGUGGUACUGGGGGGACAUUUCAAGGGAGGAGGUGAACGAGAAACUCCGGGACACUCCCGAUGGCACCUUCCUAGUCCGAGAUGCUUCCAGCAAGAUCCAGGGCGAGUACACGCUGACCCUCAGGAAAGGCGGGAACAAUAAACUGAUCAAGGUCUUCCACCGAGAUGGGCACUACGGCUUCUCAGAGCCCCUCACCUUCUGCUCCGUCGUGGACCUCAUCAAUCACUACCGCCACGAGUCGCUGGCCCAGUACAACGCCAAGCUGGACACACGGCUCCUCUACCCUGUGUCCAAAUACCAGCAGGACCAGAUCGUCAAGGAGGACAGCGUGGAGGCGGUGGGCGCCCAGCUCAAGGUCUAUCACCAGCAGUACCAGGACAAGAGCCGCGAGUAUGACCAGCUCUAUGAAGAGUACACACGGACCUCCCAGGAGCUGCAGAUGAAGCGUACCGCGAUUGAGGCCUUCAAUGAGACUAUCAAGAUCUUUGAAGAGCAGGGCCAGACUCAAGAGAAGUGCAGCAAGGAAUACCUGGAGCGCUUCCGGCGUGAGGGCAACGAGAAAGAGAUGCAGAGGUGGCUCACCCAGAAAGGCGCCCGGCAGAAGAAAAUCAACGAGUGGCUGGGGAUCAAAAAUGAGACUGAGGACCAGUACGCGCUGAUGGAGGACGAGGACGAUCUCCCGCACCACGAGGAACGCACUUGGUACGUGGGCAAGAUCAACCGCACGCAGGCAGAGGAGAUGCUGAGUGGCAAGCGGGAUGGCACCUUCCUCAUCCGCGAGAGCAGCCAGCGGGGCUGCUACGCCUGCUCCGUGGUGUGAGUGGAC